GGAGGGGAGUGUCAAAUUCCAGGAGAGAAGAGAGGAGAGAGAGGGAGAGAGGGCGCAAAGGUUAUUUUUGAAUCUUCUUCCUACACCGACCGAGGCUACCACGAGCCGACAGCAUCCCUGCUUUGUUGCUGCCGGGAACGGAUUUCGAAAUAAACGAAAAGAAAAUCCCCCCCAACAAUGUUCUCCUCUUCUACUCUUCCGCAGUUACACUGCAAGCUCUUUGCAAAGAUGGGGGACGACCGACCUUUUGUGUGCAACGCUCCUGGCUGUGGACAGAGGUUUACCAAUGAGGACCACCUGGCCGUGCACAAGCACAAGCACGAGAUGACACUCAAAUUCGGCCCUGCCAGGACCGACUCUGUCAUUAUCGCAGGUACUUUGUCUCCCAACCAGACACCUACUCCAACGCGCUUCCUGAAAAACUGCGAAGAGGUGGGCCUGUUCAACGAGAUUGCCAGUUCCUUCGAGCAGGAGUUCCGCAAGGCCCAAGAGGAUGACGACAAGAGGGCCAAGAACCCUCUCCCAGCUCCCCACUCCGUGGCCCUGGACAUGAGCCUGCAGACGCCGUCUGAUGUGAAGGUGAAGGAGGAGGAGCUUGUGGAGGUGGACUCCUCCCCCCCGGGCAGCCCAGACUCCAUGUCCAGCAUGUCGGACAGCAACAGGGAGUCCGUGGACACGCCCCCGCGGCCCGCGCUCAGCUCGGCGCCCACCCCCACCAUCGUGCGUCCCGGCUCUCUGCCCCUCCACCUGGGCUUCGACGCCCUGCAGCCCACCAUGCCCUCGCCCACCUCGGUCAUCACUCCCACGCCCCCCUCCAAUCGCACCCUCGGGUCUCCCACCAGUCACUAUCCCAUGAUGAUGCACCUCCCCAACGUCCUCCCCGGCCCCGUCCCCUCCGUCAUAUCCCUGGCCCGGCCCAUGUGUAUGGUGCCCAACAUUCCCGGGAUCCCUGGCCCUCCCCUGGGGGGCAACAGUAGUGGCUCCAACUCUCCCUCUGGCUACAACAUCCACCUAGAGGCCAAGAUGAGGCUGAAGGCAGCGCUGGCCCACCAGUCAGGUCACAGUCUGGGGGGCAUGGCUCUGGGCCACAGUCCCAUGGUGCCCCAGAGAGCCGAGCAGAGCCAGCUGCUGGUGCAGCACCCGGACGCCCCCUCCCCUGCACAGCCCCAGGUGUCUCCCGCCCAGCCCACCGGCGGGCGGCGGCGGCGGACAGCGGAGGACGAUCCAGACGAGCGGAGGCAGCGCUUCCUGGAGAGGAACCGGGCGGCCGCCUCCCGCUGCCGGCAGAAACGCAAAGUGUGGGUCAACUCCCUGGAGAAGAAAGCAGAGGAGCUCAACUCCAUGAACGUUUCCCUCUCGAAUGAAGUGUCUCUGUUGCGGAACGAGGUGGCUCACCUCAAGCAGUUGCUGCUGGCCCACAAGGACUGCCCUGUCACCACCCUACAGAAGAAGACUGCAUAUCUAGCAGCGGAGGACAGCAUGAAAGACUCGUCAGAGCCCACGGGCUCGCCCGCCCCCGUCAUCCAGCACAGCUCCCUGGCCCUCAGCCCCUCGGCCGGCCCCAACGGGAUGAGCGCGCGGGCGGCGGCCGAGGCCGUGGCCAUGUCUGUGCUGACUGGGAUGGGCCAGCACCCUCACCAGCACCCUCACCAGCACCAGAACCGGCACCAGCAGCGGGGCGAGAGCUCGCACGUCAUCAUGGCCACACAGUCUCAGUCGGCUGCCAGAUGAUGAGCAGGCCCAUAGCCCAGGACUAGGCACUUGCGCAUGCAUGCACGCACGCACACACACACACACACACACACGGAGCACCACCCAUAAAGACAGGAGAGGAGUUGGAGCUCACUCCAGACAGACAAAGUCACCCCCAUAGAAAGGAAUACA